GACUGUGACUGUCAUGACGAUGGAAUCUGAAUACAUCGUUAUUUACAAACCAACAAUCAAUCAGACUGCUCACAUCAGUCAGAAACAUGGAGGAAGACAGGAGCUUGCCCAAGAGGCCGUGGGACACCUGCCGAGAGAUCCCUGUCAUUGAAGAUGAACAGACGCCAUGGAAACUGAUCAAACUACUGAAGGCUAUCAGUCUCUGUGUAGUUGCUGUGACUGUGUUUGGAUUGGCUCUAUGUAGCAAGGCUUCGUUCCUCCUCCUCAUCACCUUGUCCAAUGAAGGCACCAAGACCCUCCCGGCUGAGCAGAAACCUGUCGCUCUGCUGUGUAUCGGCUGCUCUCUCAUCGCGUCCAGUGUGCUUCUCUUGCAAAAGAGCAUCUGGAAGGCGUGUUAUAAAUCCUCAAAGGUGCCGGUCAAAACAACGAUGGCUUUGGUUCUGUUCUUUGAGUUCAUCGUGUCUCUGGGUGCAGCGAUUCUCACAAUCGUAGCAAUGCCACACUUGGACAUCGUGACCAACGUGACGAUACUGAAUGGUGUAGCCGUCCUCUCUGCGCUCCUACAGGUGGUCACUCAGUGCACUGCCAAAGAAAGGAACCGCUUCCUGGCACCAUCCAUCACUGCCUUUAUCCUGAUUUUGCUCGGUUACGUCCUGUUCCUCGUCUUAUACAUUAUGAAGGAUCCUACUGGUAUCAAGAGGGGCAUUUGGGUGGGUCUGGCUGUUGGUGGGGCUUUCUUGGUGUCUUUCAAUUGGUGGGAGAACUACUUGAGACUCAUCAGCGAGAACAGCAGCUCUGUCUUUCUCAAAGAGUUGUGUAAAGAUGUGAGAAGGAGCCAAACGAUGCUGCACAUCCUCUCCAGCCUGCUCAGGAUCGUGGUGACCGCCUGUGUGCUCGGAGCCUACGUCCCUCUGGCCAAAAUGGACUGGGACAUAGUGACCUCCAUCCCGAGACGUGAGACAAGAAUUAUAGCCAUCAUCAUUGGGGUCCAGCUGGUCUCCUCUGCACUCUGCCACUGGUUUGCUGUGGCCGCCUGCAAGAUGCACGCCCUGCGACGGUGCUUCAUCCUGCCUUUGUACCUGGCCUCUCUGGCUGUCAUGGCUCUGCUCAUCAUCCCUGUUAUCGUUUACUAUCAGGACUACAGAAUAAGUCUGAACGGGACUGAAAGCAUCAACUUCACAGGCUACUGCAAUGUAGUUGUGGAUGGAAGAAACCAAAGCUUGAACGGCAGUGUGUUCCCACAUCUGGUUCUGGAUGUUACACACACUCUGUGCUUCCUGGACAUGUCCAAGAUAACUGACAUUGGCAUGCUGACAGGUUCAGCAGUGUCCUGGUGGAUCGGCCUUGUGUUGGCAACCCUCCAUUUGUGGUACCUCAACAUGUAUCGUAUCCAAAGGACCCAAGACCUGUUCAUCAGGAGGCUGUAUGAAGGAGCCUUUAUUGAGCAGUCGCUGCUCCUCAACACCAGAUUCGAAAUCCAGACAAAAGACAAAAUUAAGAAAUUUAGGACAUUUGAAACAGCGAUGGUGUACCUGUGCGCGACCAUGUGGCACGAGACCUACGAUGAGAUGUUGAACAUCAUUAUCUCAAUAUUUAGACUGGACAAGUACAGACCAAAGAAUGACCCAAAGUUCAACGAUUUCACCUUCGAAGCCCAUAUCUACUUUGAUGAUGCAUUCAAACAUGUCGAGGGCAGUCAGAGGCCCCACCUCAACAACUUUGCAAAGAACCUCGUGGAAAUCCUAACAGAAGUUUAUGGCAUCUUCACAAACAUUGAUGAGAAGUUCUUUAAGAAGCAGCAGGAGAUCCCUGAUCAGAAGGUCAUAAAUACACCGUACGGAGGUCGACUUGUGGUCAUCAUGCCUCAUGGGAACAAUAUUGUGGUUCACUUCAAGGACAAAGAACUCAUUCGACACAAGAAGAGAUGGUCUCAGGUCAUGUAUCUUUACUAUCUUCUGGGCUGGAAACUCAUGACCAAAUAUUUUGAACGCUGGCAGAAGGGAGAUGACGAAAAAGAGCUGAAAGCUGACCUCCAGAGAGAGAAGCACAACACCUACCUCCUGGCUUUAGAUGGGGACACAGACUUCCAGCCAGCUGCUGUGAUGCUGCUCAUUGAUCGUCUGAGAAUGUACCCACGUGUUGGUGCAGCAUGUGGCCGGAUUCAUCCCACUGGAUCAGGUCCUGCAGUGUGGUUCCAGAAGUUCGAGUACGCUAUCAGUCACUGGCUGCAGAAGACGGCGGAGCACGUGAUCGGCUGCGUGCUGUGCAGCCCCGGCUGCUUCAGUCUGUUCAGAGCAGAGGCGCUGAUGGACGACAACGUGAUGAAGAGAUACUCCACCAAGUCCAUGGAGGCGAGCCACUACAUCCAGUACGACCAAGGUGAGGACCGCUGGCUGUGCACUCUGCUGUUGAAGCAGGGAUGGAGAGUGGAAUACAACGCAGCCUCUGAUGCUUACACCAAUGCCCCGGAGGACUUCAAAGAACUCUACAACCAGCGUCGGCGAUGGGGACCGUCCACAAUGGCCAAUGUGGUAGAUCUGCUGGGCUCUACCAACAUUAUUUCCAAAAGAAACAAUUCAAUGUCGAAACCCUUCAUGUUGUACCAGUUGUUUACCAUCACAUCAUCCAUCCUGGCCCCCGCCACCAUUUGCCUUUUGAUUGCAGGUAGUUUGUCCUUCGUCUUAAACAUGAAUGGCAGUGCUGCCCUGGUCCUGGCUGUGAUACCUCCUGUCAUCUACCUGGGUCUUUGCUUCAAACUCAAGGCAGAUACUCAGAUCACAAUUGCAGCAAUCUUGAGUGUCAUAUAUGCAUUCCUCAUGUUGGUGGUGUCGAUGUCCAUUAUUGGCUCAAUGGUGAAGGACAGAACCAUCCUGACGCCCAGCAGCAUUUUUGUCCUCUCUAUGGCCAUGAUUUACACCAUCACUGCCAUAAUGCAUCCUCAGGAAAUCCAGCUAGUGUUCCACGGCUUUCUCUACAUCCUCUGUAUCCCCAGCGCCUACCUCCUUCUCACCAUCUACUCCAUGGUUAACAUGAACAACGUGUCCUGGGGCACUCGAGAGUCGAAACCUGCUGCCGGAGCUUCCAAGCCUAAAGCCAACAUAACACAACAAACAGCCCAAAAAGCCAAAAGCACCUUCCGCCGGUUGUUUUCAUGCCUCAAAUGUUGCAAGAAAUCCAGCCAGAGAUCUGGAGAAGAGCAGGUCAUUGUCAGCCAGGAAAACCUGAUCCAACAGUCUGAACCCCAGCCACAAAACACUAUUGUGGAGGACAUAAGGAUCCAAGAGGAAGAACAGAAUCAAGUGCAGCCUGUUUUCAACUCUCCUGUCCAAUGUUGGAUCACACAACUACAAAAUGCGUCCACUGACAUGAAACUGCAGGAGGACUCACUUGACAAGGAGGAGGAGGACUUCUGGAGAGAACUUCAGGACAAGUAUCUACAACCUCUGUCAGAUGACAAAGAAAAACAGAAAAAGAUUACCAGUGACCUGAGAGACCUGAGAAACAAGAUAAACUUCGCUUUCUUCAUCAUGAAUGCCCUGUGGCUGGUGGCGACAUUUACCCUCCAGCUUUCCGAGGCCUCCAUCUCCAUCAAGCUCCCCAAGGUCAACCUCGAACUUGAGUACACCGGAGAAGACGUACAAAUUGAUCCCAUUGGCUUCAUGUUCAUUCUGGGAUUUGCUAUAUCAGUUUUGAUCCAGUUUGUUGCCAUGCUGUACCACAGAAUCUACACUUUGAUACAUUAUGUAGCUUUUCUGGAAACAGAGCCGAAAGAGCAGAAAUCUGAAAAAGAACAAUUAAACGUCACUUCACACAAAAAGAUCCGCUCUGUGUCUCAAGCCAGCACCACUUCCACCCUCCAGGUUGAGUCUGACCCUGAGGACAGUGAUGAUGAGUUUAGCCUUUCCACGACAUUGUACCACAGAAGCAAUAAUGGAGGGACUAUGGUGUAAACACAGACCGUCCACAACCAACACUUUUUAGCACUUUGAAACAUACUGUAUGUGUUAUUUGAACAAAGCAAAUCUUUAUUAUGUGGAUUAUUUAUAUUAUGUUUACAUUAAGUUCAGUGCAAUUUAUUUAUAAAAAUCUUGCUUUGAAGGAACUCAGGGACAGAAAAACACAACCUUUAAAAACUGUUGUUGUGUUCAAAAGAGGGUAAUAUCAGGUCAGUAACUUUAACAAUGUUAAUGCUAUUAAUGAAGGAUCUUAAGUUAAACUGUAAAUCUUAGUUUUCUUUGACUUUGCUUCUUCUGUGCUUAAUGAAACUGUAAUGUGAAGUUGGAUAAAUUAAGUUUAAUAACAAAAUGGGCAAUGUGAAGAGAAAUGACACUAUCAUCUACAUCUACUGUCACAGAGAAACUCAUGAAGUUCUUUUAAUGGUGAAGAAAUCCAGUCUGAGGUUUGGUGAAUCAUUAACUGAAUCCUGAAGAUCAGGGAAGUCUUAAAUCUUGGAUCGUUUAAGAUAAAUGUCAAACAGGUUAGUUGAUAAGCUGUUUUUAGAGAAUGAAAUACUGCACCGCACUGAUCAGGACAGCACACACCGUAUUAUAGUUUCUGCUGUGAUUGCUGGACGUCUUUAUCAAGUGUAUUUAUAUGCACAUGCACAAGGUGACCCUUUUUUAACCUUUUUUCUGGAAUUGUAUCUUUAAUUCACAAGAUAUUAGAAGAAAUGUUUUAUAUUCUUUGUAUUGCUCUUAUAAUCAAUUGCUUGUAAUAAUGGUAAAAAUGCUUUGAUGCUGCACGAACUCCUCUUAGAGUUCUUCUCUGAUGGGUAAAAAAAGAAGCUACUGGUGACAUAAUGCAUAUCAUAAGAAUCACACGGGCCAAGAAGUAUUGCCAAAUAUCAAAUAAUAAUCUGUAUUUAUAUUUAUUUUUGAAUGAAGGAUAAAAAAAGUGAAUCUAUCUAAAGUAAAGUGCUGUGCUGCUGUCUAUGCUGUGUUAUAUUACUUUUGGAGUUGAGUUGUUGAUGAUUUCUAUGUUUUGUGUUGUGUUCCUGUUUCCCAAUAAAGCUUUUUCUGAUGAA